AUGCCAAAGUCAUCCCCGCCAGAUGAGCAUAAGGUUCUCAUCAAGAAGCUCACGCAUGCUUGCGCCAGCUACGACUCCGCGUCGAGGAAGUACCUCACCGCCGUAAAGGCGUUGGACUCCUCCUUGGAGGCCGUGGCCAUCGCCAUCCGUGAGCUCUCGCAGGGGGAGGAGAGCGAGGACGCUGUCACCAGAGUCGACAGGUUCUGCACGUCAGUGGAUCGGCACAUGGCCGGCUCCUCUGCUGGUGCAUCAUUUGGCCACAACAAGUCAGGGCGGCUUUCGGAUUCGGCCGCAUUCAACGGCGCAGAAUACCCCUUCGCUGCUUACAUGAGCGAUUUUACGCGCGAGGUUUCCUCGGCUGUCGACGAGCUCAAGGAGAUCCUCAAGAAAAUUGAGAAGUCUAGGUCAAAGCAUGAUGACCUCGUCGCCAAGUACAACAAAAAACGCAGCGAGGUGGACACGAUGGAGAUGAAGCUGGCCAAGAAGAAUCAGGGCAUUGCGACCAAUGAGAAGUACUCCCACAAGCUGUCCGAUCGCGAUGCCUUGAAGGUGCAGGUGGACACCGGUGAAAGAGAACUCAGAGCCGAGUUCAUGGAACUGCUGCAGAGGCGCACUCGAAUCCUCUUGCAAGUCGUCCAUGGCAUGCAAACGCACUCUUCAAAGUACUACUCGCACCUAUCCAAGGCAAUGCAGGCUUGA